AUGUCAGGAAACGUUCUUUCCUUUCGCCUGUUUGGCGGUCUUCGGCUGGAGGAACCUACAGAACACCUCAACUCGGAUGAGCUUGUCCGCCUGAAUCACCUCCUGACACUAAUUCAGGAGCUCGAUCACAGAACUUACCAAGUCAAGAAGCUACAGCCGACCUUCUGGGACAUGAACAAAGCUUUUGAACAGUUUGCGAAGGACGAGGUGCAAUGGUGGAGCUCACGCGACGUCAAUCGGCCGCGUGAGUUUCUAGUGCGGCCUAGUGGCUCCUUGAAUGCGCUGAUAGCGUGUCACCUUUUCAACCCUACUUUCUGCGUCGCAGAUCCAUAUGUCGGAAUUACAUGCGAUCUUUCAAACCCGUCUAUGUCUCAAAUCCACACCGCUGGGUUUACCACAGACAACAGUUUCUUUUUUGAUCACAUCUCAAGGAGAGACAUGAGUCAUCAUGUUGGCGAUUGCUAUCCUCAGGAUCUCUGUGAUAUUCACGACAGCUUCCUAUUUGCACUUCGAAAUACCAUGGGGGCUGUUGUUGAAGUGCGUUGGGGAUCCAGAGUACGCGAGCGAAUGAAGAAUCUGUCUCAGCUCGUUCCUUUAACGCUGUGGGGACAGUACAAGGAUGUUACACUACAUCUUGAAUUGUCAGGUGACAAGAAGUCACUAAAGCGCUUUUUACUGUUUGUGAGGCACCCACAAUGCUACGCAUACGUGGAAAGUUCAACGGAACGGGCCCAAGCAUUCAGGACGCGAAAUGGGAGAAAACAAGAUCUUCUAUUGAAAGUGGCUGCUCAUCUAGCGAAUAUUCAAAUUGAGCCUCACUUUUAUGAGUACAGCCCCCGCCUCAUCAAAGGCUUCCGCGAGACAGCAGAAAGAAGGCUGAAAAGGGAAAUGCUGCAAGGUCAAGCUCGAGCACAAUUACGGGCUACUUUUCCGAAUGCUAUUCUUGUGACUGAAAAGAAACUCCCUCGUUUGGAUAUCACAACAGAUGAUCGAAAUGGGGUCUCUGCAAUGAAAGGAUUCCGUGCGGGUUUAGUUAGUUCGACUAUCAACCCAGAGAGUAGAGGUAAUCUCACAGUUGACAAAGUCCAGAGAGAGCUUCGGCUUGAAAUAAUUGCCGACUUGUGGAACAAAACCGAGGCACUAGCUGCUACAUUCCUCCCCGGAUUCAAGAUCUCGACACAAGUUUACAAUGCUUACCUCCAGGGUGCUAGUGAGGAAUUGUUUACCGCCAUCGAGCAGUCAGAUUGGACAGAUAUUUUUGACUGGGAUGAACUUCCCGAGGUACUGAUAUCUCUUCUUGAGAACCAAUCAGGUCUUCGAACCGAUGGACAGCCAAUUUCCUCUCGGGAGCACUUAGAGAGAGCCUAUUGUCUACUUCAGGCAAAAGGAGAUCCUGGCAACUUGGGAAUUGUUGCCCUUGCAUUUUGUGUCCUCGUAGCAUACGGGUGGAAAAUAUCGCGCUCUAGAAAGGCCAGCAUUGAUUCUCUCCUCGUUCUACAAGCUUCUCCACGGAAUAUUGUUCCCCGGAAAUGUUUUGCGUGCAAAAGAAGAGUCCUUGACGACCCUUUCGCGUAUUAUGCAGAAAGCGAUCCAACCUUCUAUGUCGUUUGGAGCUUGGAAAAUUCCUGCGGGCUGCCUGGAUGUCCGAAACCGCAUGUUCAACUUGUGCCGUUCGACUCUUUUCAGAGCCACAUCAUCCCACUCGGCAAAGAGUUACUCGGUUUGCCGGACCGGCCAAGACUCACGUGGCAAAAGGUUUUUCUUCGCUCACCCGAAGAAUACGGCGAACUUCCAAGGCGUGUGGAAGUUGAUUGUGGGAAUUGUGGCGCAAAAGACCUUAGCGUGCAUCCAAGGUGGACGACACAUGAGGAUGUCGCAAGGUACCUGGUUGAAAAGCACAAAUGCGGCGAAUGCGGCAAAAAAUCACACUUUAAGCCAACUGAUUCACGCAUCUUGACCAUCAGUGAUUCCGCCCUGGUCAAACUAUGGAAAUCUUUCAUGGGUGACGGUUGA